CUCAGUGAGUAAGAGCAAAGAGGGAGGAAAAUAUCAAGAACAAUAAUGGAUCAUAACAGGUUUAAUGUGCUUAUUAUGAUUUACCUUGCAACUCUUGGAACUAGGUAUUUAGUUAGGUGUGAAGUUUUCACGGAAUCUGAGCAAUCAGCCGUAGAUGAGAUGAUAAAGGAAUUAAUGAACUGCAAGCGAAUUCCAGGUCUGGGGUUGAGUAUAACCAAAGGGGAGAAGUCCCUGGCCAAAGGUUAUGGGGUGGCGGACGCGGAGGAAGGCACCCCUAUGACCGAAGACACAGUCUCGUGUAUCGGUUCUACGACUAAGGCGUUCACAAGUGCUCUGCUAGCUGCCCUCAUAACACGUGACAAGAGUCGGGGAGGAAGUUUAUCCUGGAUGACAACUUUACGGGAAAUAUUUGGUGAUGACUUUGGUUUGACUUCUGACCCCGUGAUAAGUUCACAGGUCACACUAGCAGACAUUUUGUCACAUCGCUCCGGUGUUGCCUCAGCUGACGCUUUGCUGAUGGCGCAGAUUUAUUCGGAGAGUAACAGAAAUUUACUUCUCAGACAAUUGCACCUUAUCCCAAAGAAAGGAGUUUUUCGUGGUCAGUUUAGUUACAAUAACUUAAUGUACAGUCUGGCGGGGCUGGCAGCCGAAGCGAUAGGGAAGAAGCCUUACUUUGAGUUACUGAAGGAGAUGAUACUGGAUCCUCUAGGAAUGGACUCAGCAGUGUUAGUGGACGAUCUAGAUUUUACCCUGAACACCACUAGUAAGCCACAUCAGAUCAUCAACAGAUCCGUCCAGAUGAGCGAUACAAAAUUCUACAGGUUAGGUUCCUUUUCCCCGGCAGGAGGGAUAUGUAUGUCACCGACAGAUUUCAACAAAUGGCUGUUUUUCCUAAAUAGCAAAGGAAAAACAAUGUCUAAGAAGACAAUCGUGGACAGCAUGGUUUUUCUCGACAUGGUUUUACCAAAACAGGCACUGGACAUUCUAACUCAGUAUGCUUUUGGUCUGUAUGAGACCUUCCCUGAGCCGUCCUACACCUCUUGGUAUGGAAUGGGUUGGUUUGGUCGCUUCUACAGAGCUAACGUGGAUUUCUUCCAUGGUGGAUCCAUGUUCUCCUACUCCACAGUGGUGGUAACAGACCCAAACAAACAGAUAGGGAUAGCAGUGACACAGAAUGGACUGUAUCCCGUGUCCCUAGAGAGGGACCUCUAUCCCCUCGCCUACUACCUGAAGGACAUCCUUCAAGGUCACACUCCAUGGCUAAACAAAUCCACCAUCUGCUCCUACCCUGAACCCUGGCGGCGCUCCUAUCCAAUCCAGCUACCAACACAGAAUGUAAAGGAGAAAUAUGUAGGAGAUUCAGAGGAAUUUGCGGGCACCUUUGGUCAUUCUUUAUUUGGGGAGGUUAAGGUUACAGAAAAAAAUGGGUCUUUGGAUUUACAAUGGGGGAAUAUAAUCAAAGGAACGCUUUACGAUUUUGUCAAGAAAAAAAUUAAUUUCAAACUGAGAUUGCGAGAUGAGACCUAUCAGGUCAUUGGGUAUGAAUUAGGCUCCAUUGAUGUUGUGUUCCAUGAGAAAUCCUCAGGUAAAUACAUGGAAGUGGAAAUUAAAUUCUCAAAAGUAAUGGAGACUUAUAAUUUUAGCCGACAGAUUUCUUUCUUUUCUCCUUCUACAUCCUCAUCAACAGUCAAACUGCAUUUCCACAAAACUGAAUUAUGUCUAUUGUGCACCCUUUUGCUCAUCCUUGUGAAUGUUUUUAACUCAUUAUGA